AUGGAACCGAUAAUUCACCCGGCUUUCGAACAACAAACGUCGACAUGGCAAUACAUAGUAGCAUGUCCGCGAACCUUCCAGCCCGCUAUCAUCAACCCUGUCCUGGAUUAUGAUCAGACUCAGAUGAGCAUUGGCACUACUUCAGCCGAUGCAUUGUUGGACUUCGCCACCUCGUAUGAUUACACAACUACUUGCCUCGAAACACACGCACACGCAGACCACCUCACCGCAGCAUACUAUAUCCAACAGAAACUCGAGACAAAAAAACAAAACAAAAUAAAGUUAAGCAUACGUAUCAAAGAACUCGAUAAUGCUUUCGACCACCUCUUCCAAGACGAUGAUACAUUUCAAAUCGGAGACAUAACAGGACAAACUCUUCAUCUACCCGGACAUACACCCGACCAUAGCGGAUACAUAAUUGGCAGUAACGUCUUCACCGGAGACUCGAUAUUCAAUUCCGACGUGGGCAGCGCACGCUGCGAUUUCCCCGAUGGCGAUGCGCAUGCUUUAUACGGUUUUAUGCAGAAGCUUCUCUCGUUACCUGACAAGUACAAACUGUACACCAAACAUGAAAACCCCUCAUCAGAAGGUAACAAGCAUGUUAAGGGCAAUACGCCCAAGGAGGACUUUGUGCGAUGCCGGCAAGAAAGGGAUUCGGGGUUGCAUGAGCCCCAGGCUUCGCAUCAGGUGUUACAGGUUAAUAUUAGAGGAGGGAAGUUGCCGCUCAGUGAGGAUGGGGGAGUUGCUAUUGAAUAA